ACGUGAGCUGGUGGGGCUGGAGGGGAAAAGCAACAAGAUGUUCCAAGUAAUGUGAGCUGUUAAAUCGCACCGCGCAUCUUAAUCCCUUUUGGCUAAUUAUACCUUUCUUUAACUCCUCAUCGUCUCCCUCUCGCUUUAUACCUUUCAGACGCCAGUCCCACAACCCCCGCCCAAAAAAAAAGCGAUCCCCUGCGGCUUCAUCCGAAUCUUUUCUGUGCGCCCCGGCCCAAUCACCGCCGUCUUCGCUGGGCCCCACUCCGAUCUUUUUGUAUUCCCUCGAGGUUUAUCGUCGGAUCAGAACCUUGGGCCAAAGCGGGUGAUGGGGCCCCGGGGUCUUUGUCUGACGCGUGGCAACAGUGAUUGAUGAUGAUGCCCUCCUGCUCCUCCUCCUUCUUCCCCCUGUUCUCGCUGUUUGAUUCUUGUUCUCCAGCUGAUGAAGCAUUCUAGAGAGAGAGAGAGAGAGAGAGAGAGAGAGAGAGAGAGAGGAUUUGUAAUGAAGGGAUCUGCAAUGGUGCGUGGGAAGGUGUUGCUUUCGAUUGUAGUUAUGGUGUGUUUCUUUUGUGACGUUUUAGUGGAGAAGAGUCAGGCGAUUUGGUUGAACCUACCGGCCACUGGGACCAAGUGCGUGUCUGAGGAAAUCCAGCACAACGUCGUAGUUUUGGCCGAUUACGUCGUCGUUUCCAACUAUGAAUCCAGUAUUCCUACUAUUUCCGUCAAGGUGACCUCACCGUAUGGAAAUAUUCUUCAUCACAAGGAGAAUGUAACGCAUGGUCAGUUUGCAUUCACAACUAGCGAGGCUGGUAACCACCAAGCAUGUUUAUGGGUGGACAGUAAUCCAGGAGGUGGAGAAGUAAGUGUUAUCAUUGACUGGAGAACUGGAAUUGCAGCAAAAGAUUGGGAAUCAGUUGCAAGAAAAGAGAAGAUUCAGGGAGUGGAGCUUGAGCUCAGGAAGCUUCAAGGAUCUGUUGAAGCCAUCCUUAUAAACAUGUCGUAUCUUAAGAUCAGGGAAGCAGAAAUGAGAACCGUGACUGAAAGAACAAAUGCUAGAGUCGCAUGGUUCAGUAUCAUGUCACUGGGAGUCUGCAUUACAGUUUCAGGUCUCCAGCUGUGGCACCUGAAGCAAUUUUUCAAAAACAAGAAGCUGAUCUAGGGUUUGCAGUUUCAAUGAAGCAUGAGGACAACUUUGAUCCUGUGGCUGUGGCGCAUAUUUAGCACCUGUGCAUCUUAAAUAUGUUCUAGCAUGCAUCUUGGAAUCUUUUCAAGGAUUGAUGCAAUAAGAAUAUCUAAAUGUUGAAUUUGCAGAGCUAUGCUACCACCUACUAAUUUAUUCAGACAUCACUA